AUGAAAGCAAAAAAGAUUGCAGUGAUUGGUGCUGGGGUCAGUGGAUUAGGUGCCAUCAAGUGCUGCUUGGAGGAGGGGCUGGAGCCUGUAUGCUUUGAAAAAUCCAAUGACAUCGGAGGACUGUGGAAAUACAAGCAAACAACUGAAAAUGGAAGCAUUGGGAUAUACAAGUCUUUGACUUGCAACACUUCGAAGGAGAUGAUGGCCUUUAGUGACUACCCUUUCCCGGAGCACUAUCCCAACUAUUUGCAUAAUACCAAAAUAAUGGAGUAUCUCAGACUGUAUGCCAACCACUUUCAUCUUUUGAAACACAUCCAGUUCCUGUCGAAGGUGUGCAGUGUGAGGAAGAGCUCUGACUUUGCGACCUCUGGCAAGUGGGAUGUUGUGGUGGAAACCGAUCAGGAGUUGAAAACCUACGUCUUUGAUGGUAUCAUGGUCUGCAGUGGCUAUUACACUGAUCAAAUUUUGCCCUUACAUGAUUUUCCAGGGAUUAAGAAAUUUAAAGGCGACUAUCUCCACACUUGGGCAUACAGGAAUCCAGACAAUUUUUCAGGGAAGAGAGUUGUCGUGGUUGGCAUUGGGAAUUCCGGAGCAGACGUGGCUGGCGAGAUCUGCACUGUUGCUGAACAGGUCUUCAUCAGCACAAGGCGAGGGGCCUGGAUAUGGAACCGGGUUUGGGACGAUGGAAAGCCCCUUGACAGCGCACUGUUCACGCGUUAUAACGAACUAAUGCAUAAAAUACUGCCCACAUUCAUGGUCAACAGGUGGCAUGAGAAGAAAUUGAACACAAGAUUUAACCAUGCCAAUUACGGACUCCAGCCUAAACAUAGGUUUCUUAAUUACCAGUCUACUUUCGCUGAUAAUUUGCCCAAUCACAUCAUAUCUGGAAGAGUGAUGAUCAAACCCAACGUGACGGAGUUCACUGAGACAACUGCCAUCUUUGAAGAUGGCACUGAAGAGAAAAUUGAUGCUGUGAUCUUUGCCACAGGAUCCACAUUUUCUUUCCCUUUCUUGGAGAAUGAAUUCAAGCAUAAUCCCAGAUUUAAAUUUGUCUUCCCUCCUCAGUUAGAAAAGCCAACAUUAGCUUUCAUUGGCAUCUUCCAGCCUAUAGGAGCCACCAUUCCCACCUCAGAGCUCCAGAGCCGAUGGGUUGCACGUGUGUUCAAGGGACUGAAAACAUUACCUUCCGUGAAUGAGAUGAUGGCUGACAUCACUAAGAGGAAACAGAAAAUUAAAAAAAGAUAUUUUGACACCCCAAGAAAUCAACAUCGCAUUGAGUAUAUCACCUACAUGGAUGAAAUUGCCACCGAAUUAGGGGUCAAACCCAACCUACUGUCUCUUCUCUUCUGGGAUAUAAAGCUGGCUAAGGAAAUUUUCUAUGGGCCUUGCACCCCAUAUCAGUACCGUCUACAGGGGCCAGGGAAAUGGAGUGGGGCCCGAGAAGCCAUUCUCACACAAAGAGAACGGAUUCUCAAACCCCUGAAAACACGUGCAGUUGAACAGCCCGAGUCCUUCUGGUCAAAUCUGUUCCAUCUGUUUGGUGUCAAAGAGUCUUUACCGUAUCGGGGUUUUGCUCACGGGACGAGGGACCCCGAUAUCCAGCUAGACAUAGAAGCAACUGGAAAGUGCAAGAUUCAGACGUCUUGUGCCGUGCAAUUCCAAACAAGUGUAUGCAAACCUCUGGAGAACCGAGGGCCGCGGAGGCGCGUUCCCACGUCACCCGUGCUGAGAGGACAACUCGGCGCUGUCCCCGCCACGCGCGUCGCGCUGUCCCCGCCUCGCGCGUCGGAGCGCACCGCGGGGCCGCAGAGGGCACGGCCACCCGGGCCGGCGGAAGCGGCGCGGGGAGGAGGGCCGGGCGCCGCCGAGGCCUUGCUGACAUCAGCCGCGCUCCUCCCCUCGCCUCCCAACACCCUCAGCUCCCGGCCGGACCCUCCCUCCUCCCACCACGUGUCCUCCCCGCUCCCUCCCGAGGGGCCGCGCGCACGGGAAGAGAGGCGGAAAGGAUGGCGCUGUGACAGCCGGGGCCGGAGCUCCCGCGGCCCGCCUCAGCCGCUCGGCAGCCGCCGCGGUGAGUGCAUGCACGGGCGGCGGGGCGGGGCGGCGAGGUGCGCUGGGGCCGGGAGGGAGCCUGGAGAGGAGGCGGGCCCGGCGGAGGGAGCGGCGGGAGCGCUCCCGGCUCGGGGCCACGGAGAAAGGGAAAUGGGACAAGAUGGCUGGAGAAAUCCGAGCGCGCCCGGGGGCGCGGCGGUGGCGGCGGCGGCGGCGGGCGGGGCGCGGGCCGCGGUGGGCGGGCGGCGGGAGCCGCCGCUGCGGGGCACCUUCUUCCCACGGGCUGCAGUGUCUUCCUACCUCCUGCUUCUGAGUAGCUGGCGCGUUCCACCCACCUAG